UUGCUGCUGUUGUCGAAUGCUGGAGGAGCUGCUUACUGGAUACUCGGAUGCUGGGGGCCGAGUACUGAAGCUGGGAGCUGAUUGCCGAGAGUCGAAUGCCGAGAGUCGAAUGCCGAGAGUCGAUUGCCGAGAGUCGAAUGCCAGAGAGACGCAUGCCAGAGAGUUGAUUGCCGAGCACAGUCGAGUCCUAGGAGUCGAACGCGAUCUACAGUGGCACCUGGCUCCUCAUUGCGACCCCCACCAUGGCAGACCAGACCAGACCAGCAGACAAGGCAUCCAACCGAAAGGACACUACCAUAUUUCUAUGGCGAGAAACCGAAAAGGAUUUCUCCGUCCUCUGAUCUCGCCUGAAGAUCGGUUGUGGCCAACACCGUUGAACGCCAGACUGGACAGCCCAAAGCAGGGACCGGUUGACCGACAGAGGCAAGACCAGGACCAAGGGAAGAGCCAGGACCAAGGGAAGAGCCAGAGCCAGGGGAAGACCAGAACCAAGGGAAGAGCCAGAGCCAGGGGAAGAGCCAGAACCAAGGGAAGAACCAGAGCCAAGGGAAGAGCCAAGAGAAGACCAGGAGGAGGCAUGGGAGUGAAGGAAAAAGAAAAAUGA